GAGGGUGCAUCACUCGGAAUAUGGAUGAUAUCCACACGAUUUGAGGUAUAUGUUUGUAGUUACGUCGAGUAGUCCUCCAUGAAGGUUGAUCAAUUGUUUUUUAAAAGAUGACAACCAGAGGCGAGAUUUCUCCUCGGGAUAUUGCUCAUAAGAUAACAUUCUUUGAAAUCCUUGCAUGUUUCAUUUGUCUGAAACGUUUGUUGUUGAGAACAUUAGAUGUAAACAUCGCCAAAUUAUGCAAUAUCUGAUUUUUGAGCUUCGUUCGCGAAUUGUCCCUAUAAAAAGUAGAGGCAGACCCGCAGAGAUUUUUACAUAUUUAUAAACUAGAAUAUUAUAACCAGCUAGAUGGGUAGUUUCAGUUCCAGAAUCGGGGUACUUUUGGAGAAAUUCAGUUAAACGUUUUCCCUGUUUUACCCGACAACAAAAUUGACCGAAACUGUACCGAGAUGAAUAUUCUAGUGGUGUGUUCACAUUCACUCCCAGGGAAAAUUGAAUAAAUCAAUGUGAAGACGAAUGAUGUUACUAUGUAUGGUAGAAGUGCCAAUUUGUAAUGUUGUAUUUAGCUUGAGAGAGAGAAAUAAUCAUUUUUUUUUUGCGACGUUUUUGUGAGAAAAUGAGGCCCCAGGCCUUGAACAAGUAGCCGUUGUUACCAUGGCAACAAGAGUGCUGCGACCUUUAAAAAGGGCAUUUUUGUGCAUCCCCUUGAGUGCCUAACUGCAUGCAAAAUUUGAAGGGGGGUUGAAAAUUUUCAUUUCCUAAGAUGUUUGAUUCUUACAGAGACUUGUUCUUAAUCCUGUAACACCUAAGAGUGACUGACAUGUAAUUUCUCCACACAUUAGACUCAUCCCUGAGUCAAACAUUAGGGUCACAUGGAUAUCGUAAAUGAUCACCAACUGAAAAAGCUCUUCAUUGUUUAAAUGAUUCUUCCUUGUCGGCACAAUUGUAUAGUGAACAGCAUGGAAAAUAUUCAUAAUUAUGUUAGGGUAUGAAAGAUUAAGUCAAGUUAUACGAACUUUGAUGGCCACCUUUGAAUAGUGCGAUGGUGCUAUCAUUCAGCCGAAAUUCCAUUUUGGAUAAAUCGUUUAUAUUUAUAUUACUAUUGUCAUUAUUAUUAUUUAUAUUAGUGAUAUUACUUUGUAAUCAUCAUCAUUAUUGCAGUUGUUAUCAUAGCUGCUUUUGUUGUUUCGGAUGUUGAUUGUUUAUAUUGUGGCUAACACCGUCUUUAUCAUCGUUAUUAUUUUUUUGGUCUAAAUAGCUAGUAUUCCCUCGGUCUCAUGAGCAAAAAAACUUAUUUGCAUACUGAAACAAAAAUUAAAAGCAUGGAACUUACGGCAACCGUAACAACAGAGUCUAAAAAACGAAAGUCCGUCAUUGUUUUGCAGGUACUUAUUCAGGAGACUGGGGAAAGGCGUAUUGCGGCUCUGGGUGCUGUGCAUGAGUCUUACGACGGUCAUGAAAUGCCUAGCCGGUAUAGUGGAACAGUCGGUUACCACAUAGACGAGGGCAAAAUAUUUGAAACUGGCUCCCAUGAGCAGGGAAGAGAUGUCGAAGGUAUGGGUUACUCUGAAGAUAGGUGUACGAUAUCUGCCACAAGGCUCUGUUGGCGCUUGGAAACAUAAUCAAAGUCUUACCGUCCUUCUAAGGGCGACCUUACGACGGUAGGUUUCUGUUUUCCAAAAGAAAAAGAUUCAGAAAUUUUCGUUUGUAAACGUUGUAGAGAUCACUUUAAAAUUGUCAUAGACUCCUCGAGAUGAUUAUUCUGACGUGCAUGAGGUAAAUGGGAAAUGUAUUGUAGUUGUGUGACCAAGAUAGAAUGUUGAACGAAGUUGCUUUAAAAUCCAUGUGCCUGGAGUGUGAAACUGAAAAAACCCUGAAUCCUUCGAUCGUGGGGGGUUUUAACCCUCACCUUCUGCUUGCCGAUGAAAUGGUUUACAGAGAGCGCAUUAGAGGCCAAAGAAUAACGAGAUUCAUAUCAACAAAUGCUUGACGCUGCUAGGAUCAUUUAUAUCGUCAACACUUCUUGUACAAAUACAGUAAGGGAGAUUAAACUUUUUUUCGAAUGAACGAAGAGGUAGGUCAUUAAUCAAGACCGAACAACAAGGAAAAAAGUCCAAUUUCACACCCGGGUGUUACGCGGUUGGUUGCCUCAUGUUUGGUUUAUUUUGUUAUCUUUUCUCUAUGUAAUUAAUGUUUUCUGUUGAUAACUUAGGAGCCAUGGCUUACCGCGGCGAUCUCAUCGCCUGUGAAGUUGAUUUUAGGGGAGUUCCCGAGGGAAAAGUCUCUGUGUUGUUUUUCUUGAAUGGUAUAAAAAUACCGCGUUCUUCAGUGGAGUAUACCGAGAGAUAAACUAUUUCCCUUCGUUUCAUUGGGAUUUGAGGGCAUUACAGUGCUCACCAAGGUAUGUUCAAGUUUGUGUAAUUUUAAUGUUUGCGAACAUUUACAAACUAUCCAACCUUUUACCAAAAGGCUGUGCCCUGAUUGCUUUAAGGCAAGAACAGGCAAAGAGCGCGUCGUCAUCUAAUUUUAUUUCAAACACAUCUGUAUUCCACAAUUGUGGAAUUUAAAGUCUCUAGUUGACAACUUUGAUCAUCGCUGUCCUAAAUUUUUGUCUUUUUCAUUUUUAAAUUUGAGACGUUUGAUUUUUGCACGUUUUAGAUGUGCGAUCCUGACAGAGACCAUUUUAGUAGAGUAACAAAUGAAGACCUUCAGAAUGAAAUUGGAGAUCUGCGACGUGAUUUCAGGAUCAACUUACCGAGCAAAGGAGGAUGUUAAUGUCAGAAAUGAGAGAUUAAGUACUGCGUCUGAAGGAAGUAAAGGAUAAAGAAGAACAAGAAGAAGAUACUAAGAGGCUGGACGGAGGAAAGCAAAGAAGAUUUUCAUCUCCUCAGUAGUUGUUCGAGAACAUUUAUUCAGCUUAGGCACAAUCCAAAUUUGUGUGAAUCCCUGUACCUUUCUUAAACUUCCUCUAGUCUCGAAUGAAGAUAGCGGCAGAAGAUAUUUGUUUAUCUUAUACUUAGAUUAAUAUUUCGUCCGAAUGUAAGCGCGAGGCGAGCACGAAGGGCGAGUCACACGCGAGGAGAGAACUUUACAUCUGUGCAACUAAUGCGUAUGUGAUCCCGGUGAACAAAAUG